AUGGCGCCGGGGAUUCUUGCUGGCUCAGCUGUCAGCGACGCGACACUGCCCAGCGCUGUCCCAGAGACACGACAGACCUCAGCCAAUAAACCCGUCGGACAGCUAUUCUCGUUAGCCGAUACGACCACGGUAGUCACUGGUGCCGGGAGAGGUCUCGGGAUCACUUUUGCCAGAGCUAUUCUCGAGGCUGGAGGGAAUGUCGCUUGCCUAGAUGUCUUACCGGAGCCGUCCAAAGAGGAGUGGGCUGGCUUGGGAAAACUGGCAAAGCAAUCAGGGCUCUCAGUAACGUACCAUCGAUGUGACAUCACCAAAGAGGGGGAGCUGGCAAACGUGUUUAAAGAGGUGAAUAAGAAAGCACAGGCACUCAACGCUCCUUUAAGGGGAACUGUGGCAUGCGCAGGCAUUCAACAGAAAGUGCCGGCCUUGGACUAUCCUGCAGAAGACUUCGAGCGAAUGUUGCGGGUCAACGUUACUGGCGCUUUCUUGACAGCAAAACACGCUGCCAGGACCAUGGUUGAGAAUGGUACGGGCGGAAGCAUCGUGCUCAUUGCUUCCAUGUCCGGCAACAUCGCGAACAGGGGUCUUACCUGCACCGCGUACAACUCCAGCAAAGCAGCUGUUCAACAAAUGUGCCGCUCCGUCGCCCAAGAAUGGGGUCAGUACGGCAUUCGAGUCAACACCUUGUCGCCUGGUUAUAUCCGUACCGCCAUGACUGAUGCCCUCCUUCAAGCCGAACCUGAAGUCGAAAAGACAUGGAUGGCCGGGGCGCUUCUGGGGCGUCUGGGAGCGCCGGAAGACUUCAAGGCAGCCAUAGUGUUUCUUCUGGGUCCUGGAAGUAGCCUCAUGACCGGAGCGGACUUGCGGAUAGACGGGGGACAUUGUGCGUCUGCAUAG